ACCACAUCCUGAAAUAUAGUUAUUCAGGUUUACAGACAAGAUUACUUGCACUUCUCAUUCACAAAUAUCUUCCUCACGUCCAAAGUCAUCAUGAAGGUCACAUACGCAUUAACAGCCUUGAGCUUGCUCGGUGUAGCUAUUGCUCUUCCCACUCCAAUCGGUAAUUAGGUAACUUUAUUUGGAUACAGAAUAGCAAGCUAACUAUAAUAACAGAAAAGCGCGAGAAGUCAUAUGAUGGUGGUUAUACCGUAGGAGCGAAACGGGAUGCUCAACCUGAAGAAGCUACCAAUUAUUUCUACGCUGUUGGAGCUGAGAAUGAGAAGAGAGAUGCUAAGCCUGAGGAGGCCACCAAUUAUUUCUAUGUUGUUGGAGCUGAAACUGAGAAGAGAGAUGCUAAGCCUGAGGAGGCUUCCAACUAUUUCUAUGUUGUUGGAGCUGAAACUGAGAAGAGAGAUGCUAAGCCUGAGGAGGCCACCAAUUAUUUCUACGCUGUUGGAGCCGAGAAUGAGAAGAGAGAUGCUAAGCCUGAGGAGGCUUCCAACUAUUUCUAUGUUGUUGGAGCUGAAACUGAGAAGAGAGAUGCUAAGCCUGAGGAGGCCACCAAUUAUUUCUACGCUGUUGGAGCCGAGAACGAGAAGCGGGAUGCUCAACCAGAAGUAGCUCUGGAUCUCGAUUACGCUGUGGGCGCGGAGAAAGAAAAAGCCAACAAUAACUCCUAUAUUGUAGGCCCAGAGAAGCGGGAUAAUUAGCCUGAAAAAGCCACCAAUCUCUUCUAUACUAUACAGUAGGGCCGGAAAAGCGGAAGUCGAGAAUGCUACGAAAGGGAGGUAUAUUUUGGAACAAACCUGGAUGCGCAGCCGGAGCAAACCCCAUUAUUGUACAUGUGGCGGAGUAGAGAAAUUCUAGAUCGCAAGAUGAUAGACUAGAAAUGGUGAUUUCAUGAGACAAGAUGAUAGACAUCGAGGAUAGUUUCUAUUGAA